AUGUACGCUGCCGAGCCGGGCGAAGACUACAACGGCGAGCUGUCCGUAGUCGCUUCCAGGCGGCUCCUGCGCGAACAGGCCGCGCUGAAUCGUGAGGGUCUGGAGGCGCAGGGCAUCUUCCAUCACUUCCACGAAGAACAGAAGCACAAGGCAGUGGCUGUUAUUCUCGGACCAGAUGAUACGCCCUACGCUCGGGGCCCCUACAUCUUUGAAUUCACAUUUCCGAACACAUAUCCACUGAAACCGCCUUGGGCGAAGUUCGUGACGGGGGAUGGGCGGGUGAGAUUCAAUCCGAACCUCUACGUCAAUGGCAAGGUUUGUCUUUCAAUCUUGGGCACCUGGGCUGGCCCUUCCUGGACAUCGCUGAGCACCUUCCGCUCUGUCUUGCUUUCGAUUCAAAGUCUGCUUUGCUCCAACCCAUUGCAGAACGAGCCGGGGCACGAACAUGAGUCGGGCAGCGACUGCGAUUUGUAUGCGGCCAUGCUCCGCUACGAGAAUGUGGCGGUUGCAGCGCUGCAGCUGAACACGCUGCCGCCUUCUUGGCCUUUGCGCGCGCUGCUCGGAGGCAUCUUCCUGUGCAACUUCCCGGCUUUGGACUCAGCAUCCCAUGCCUGA